AUGGCGUCGGAGGGAGAUGUUGGCAGUGACCAUGGCAUAAGCAAGCGGCCGUCGCAGCAGCAGUCGCCGGUCGCCGCCGUGGAGAAGCCCGCACAAGAGCACGACGAGAAGGCCAAGGAGGCGGCGGCGGCGGCGGCGGAAGAGAAGCCAUGGGUUGUAAGGAAGUGGAUCGCGUCGUUUGCGGUUUGCCUCGCCGCCUUGCCGUUCCUGCUGAUCCUGGUUAGCCGGCGCCGGGACGAACCGCUGCCUUUGGCGUCCGGAUGGACAUCGGCGACAACAUACACACACCAAGAAUCCAACGACGAUAGAUUCCUCGGAGGCCUGCUCGUCCCGGGGUUCGACCAACAAUCAUGCAUCAGCCGGUACCAGGCCGCGCAUUACCGCAAGAACAUGGCGCGAUCGCCGUCGGCACACCUCGUCAAGCGGCUGCGGGAGCAAGAGACAUUGCAGAGGCGGUGUGGCCCAGGUACCAAGGCAUACCGGAGGGCAGCAGAGCAGCUCGACACACCGCGAAACGGCACCGACGAUGACGACGACUCCUGCAAGUACCUUGUGCUGGUGCCGUACAGGGGCCUAGGGAACCGGAUACUGGCCAUGGCGUCAGCGUUCCUCUACGCCAUGCUCACCGGCCGCGUGCUGCUCGUUGACAGGGGCACGUCGCUGACCGACCUCUUCUGCGAGCCGUUCCCGGAGACGUCAUGGCUUCUGCCGCCGGACUUCCCCAUCAAAGACCUCGAGAACCUGACCGGCGAGGUGCCCGAGAGCUACCGGAACCUGGUGAAGGACAACAAGGCCGAUUCCAUGUCCGACCUACCAUAUGUGUUCGUGGACCUCGACCAUGCCUGCACCUACCAUGACAAGCUCUUCUACUGCGACGAUGACCGGGAGUUCCUCCACCGGGUCCCGUGGCUGGUGAUGCGCACGGACGGGUACUUCGUGCCGGCGCUCUUCCUGAACCCGGCGUACCAAGACGAGCUCGACAAGCUGUUCCCUCGGAAGGACUCGGUGUUCUAUCUCAUGGCGCGGUACCUCUUCCACCCGAGUAACAGAGUGUGGGGAUUGAUCACCAGAUUCUACAACUCGUACCUGAAGGAUUCGGACGAACGGCUGGGCAUCCAAGUCAGGGUGUUCGACGGGGACACGCCGUUCAAGCACGUCUUGGAUCAGAUCCUCGCUUGCACGUCACAGGAACAUUUGUUGCCUGAGGUUAUGACGGAAGAAACAGCAACGAUGCCGAUGUCGGCGUCAGCUGGCGCACGGUCGAAAGCUGUCCUGAUGACCGGCCUGAGCUCGUGGUACUUCGAGAACAUCCGGGGGAGGUACUGGCAAUCGGCGACGGCCACCGGCGAGGUGGUGAGCGUGCACCAGCCCAGCCACGAGGAGCACCAGCUCUCCGGCGAGGCGACGCACGACAUGAAGGCGCUGGCCGAGAUGUACCUGCUGAGCAUGACCGACGCCAUCGUCACCAGCGGCUGGUCGACGUUCGGGUACGUCGGCCACGGGCUCGGCGGACUCACCCCAUGGAUCAUGUUCAAGCCUGAGAACCUCACCACGCCUGACCCGCCGUGCCAGAGGGCCAUGUCCAUGGAGCCAUGCUUGCACGGGCCGCCCUUCUAUGACUGCAGGGCCAGGCGCGGUGCCGAUACCGGCAAGCUGGUGCCGCACGUUCGACAUUGUGAAGACAUGAGCUGGGGACUGAAACUUGUUCACCCGGAGCAGGUCUGA